CCGAUGACCACAUGAAACAGUUGAGGCUGUUGUGUUGACGGCACUGAAAUUCUUGGGGAGAUCGAAUUGGUCGCAGCUCGAAAUCUGAAAGGCAGGGCCAUGGGCAUGGAGAUGGACAUGGAUGCCAUGGCGGGUGCGAUAGGAGUUUCCGUCCCUGUACUUCGCUUUCUUCUCUGUUUCGUGGCCACUAUUCCCGUCAGCUUCCUUGCGCGAUUCGUUCCCGGUUCACUUCCCAAGCACCUUUACUCCGCCGUAACCGGCGCUCUUCUCUCCUACGUUUCGUUUGGCUUCUCUUCCAAUCUUCAUUUCUUGGUUCCUAUGUUAGCCGGCUACGCUUCCAUGAUUCUUUGUCGCCCUCGAUGUGGAAUCAUCACAUUCUUUUUGGGAUUUGCUUACCUCAUUGGUUGCCAUGUAUAUUACAUGAGUGGAGACUUGUGGAAGGAGGGUGGUAUAGAUGCUACCGGCGCCUUGAUGGUGUUGACACUGAAGGUCAUCUCGUGUGCAAUAAACUAUAAUGACGGGUUGUUGAAAGAGGAAGGUUUGCGUGAGGCACAGAAGAAAAACCGGCUGAUUAAACUGCCUUCAUUGAUUGAAUACUUCGGGUAUUGCCUCUGCUGUGGGAGUCACUUUGCUGGGCCAGUUUUUGAAAUGAAGGAUUAUCUAGAUUGGGCUGAAGGAAAAGGGCUUUGGAGCACAUCAGCGAAAGGGCCAUCACCAUAUGGAGCAACCAUUCGAGCUUUUCUACAAGCUGGUUUUUGCAUGGCCAUGUAUCUGUACCUGGUUCCUCAUUUUCCUCUGUCCAGGUUUACUGAACCCAUAUAUCAGGAAUGGGGUUUCUGGAAACGGUUGGGAUACCAGUAUAUGUCUGGUCUUACAGCACGAUGGAAAUAUUAUUUCAUUUGGUCAAUCUCUGAGGCUUCAGUUAUUGUUUCUGGCCUUGGCUUCAGUGGCUGGACAGAAUCCUCUCCUCCAAAGCCACGUUGGGAUCGGGCCAAAAAUGUGCACAUAUUAGGUGUUGAGUUUGCAAAGAGUGCUGUUGUGAUACCACUUGUGUGGAAUAUACAAGUCAGCACCUGGCUUCGUCAUUAUGUCUAUGAUAGGCUUGUUCAGAAGGGGAAGAAAGCUGGCUUCUUUCAGUUACUCGCCACACAAACUGUCAGCGCUGUCUGGCAUGGACUCUACCCUGGGUACAUCAUAUUCUUUGUUCAAUCAGCUUUGAUGAUUGCUGGGUCCAGAGUCAUAUACAGGUGGCAGCAAUCUGUUGCUCCAGCAGUGGGUAAUGUCUUAUCGUUUAUGAAUUUUCUGUACACACUACUGGUUCUUAACUACUCCUGUGUUGGCUUCAUGGUAUUAAGUCUGCAUGAAACACUGGCCUCAUACGGAAGCGUGUAUUAUAUUGGAACUAUUCUUCCCAUUGUAUUGAUUCUUUGUGAUUACAUAAUCAAACCUGGGAAGCCUGUCAGAUCCAAAGCUCGGAAGGCUGAGUAAGAUAGACAAUGCAUUGUCUAUUCCCCGAAAAUUUUAAAAUCAUUAGGAUAUUUCACAGUUUCUGCGAUUUUUUUUCUUGAUGAAUGAUGAUUAUAACAGGUUCUUUGGCCUUGGUCCUCUUGGAAGUAGCUGCUUUACCAUUAAAUUGUAUCUUAUUGCAGCAUUGCUUAUAAACUGUUUUUUUUCCCCCUUUGUAAAAGCAUGUGUUGAAGAAAAUGAUUCGGAACUACUCUUUGGCUCAAAUUGUUUCCCCAGUGAUCUGAGAAAUUUUAAAAGCACCCUUUCUCAGAUUAGUUAUGUUUUCUUACUCAAAGAACUAGAACUUGAGCAUGAUAA